AUGAAUGCCCAAGGGCCUUUGCUUUUACUAAAGGUACAAAUCUUGAUCGUGGUACCUAGCAGAGGUUUAGGGAGUGGAGAAACCCAUGAUAACUGCUACAGUAAUGCCGUUGGAGUUUCCAAUCCAAGUAUCAUCCUUGACAGCUUCAUGAGGGCAAAAAGUCAUAACAAAAGCAACGGUUACAACGCCCUACCAUCAUAUGGACGUCUGAACGGUAACAGAGGAGAUGGAUGGUGCGCCGAAAUAAAUGAUAAAGAUCAGUGGCUUCAAGUCGAUCUCGGGAAAGUUAUUGAAGUGUGCGCUGUUGCAACCCAAGGAGACAUCGAUGGCAAUGAAUGGGUGAUAGACUUUAAACUAGCGUACUCUAAAUCCUAUGAGGACGGUUGGCCAACUUAUAAGGAAGCUAAUGGCUCGGAAGCGAUAUUUCACAGACAAGGUGGAUCCAACGCAAUUGACCAACAUGCACUGGAAGUUCCGGUUUAUGCAAGAUACAUUCGUUUUCUACCAGUUACUUGGCAACGAUCUAUCUGCCUUAGAGUCGAGGUUUACGGAACCACCAAGUGUGCAGAGGCUCAAGGGGUGGAAAGCGGCGCCAUCUCCGACAGUCAAAUGAGCGCCUCUUCCGAAUGGAGUCACAAAGAAAAAGCUCAUUAUGGUAGACUUCAUGUAAAAGAAACACAGCACAACGCAGGGGGCUGGGUGGCUCUCACAGAUGAUGAAAACCAGUGGCUGCAGAUUGAUCUGAAUAAUCGAUACAUUAAAAUAACAAGGGUUGCAACACAAGGACGAAACAUCCUUAAUUCGCCGGAUAGAGUAACCAAGUACCAUCUGACUUACAGCAACGACGGAAUAAAUUUCUACUUUUAUAAAGAGCAUGGACAUAACGAGGCCAAGAAUUUUGCUGGAAAUACAGACCAAGACACCGUUGUGUAUCAUGACCUUUCACCACCAAUCAGGGCAAGAUACAUCCGUUUCAGACCCACAAGUUGGAUUGGUGGGGUAACUAUGCGAGUAGAGUUGUACGGCUGUCUAG